GUUGUUGAGGUUAUGUUUCGUUUCGUUGCUGAAUGCUAUAUAUAUCUGACGUCAUUUGAAUUCAGAUAAGACGCCCAGUGAUUUCUGAAAAUUGGAAUGGAAAAACAUUUCGCAGCAUUAAAAUUAUUAGAUUGUAAUAAGGAUUGGAAAUUAACCAAAGUUCUUAAUUAUUCUGAAACGCCAUCAUCUCAUGAAAUUUGCGUAACACAAAUCUACCAGUCGAAAACUCAAACUGACUUGAUUAGACAAAGUAGUUAUGAAAAAAUUUUCGAUGAACAUGCAAACACAAGACAAAUAGAAAAGUUGAUAGAAGAUGAUAAUACAACUUGUAAUCAGUAUCGGACAGCAGCAGACUUAACAACAUUUAAUUCUUUUAAGAGACAAUCCUGUAAAAGUAGUCAUAUUUUACAAGCACCAAAAUUUAUAUCAAACAAAAUAUCAAAUGAAAUAUUAUCCAAUGAAGUUGAAAAUACAAAUGCUACAAACGAAUCAAACUUUUCAUCAAAUUGCUCUAUAACACAUACAGAUACAAAAAAUGAAAUUGAUCAUUCUUCUUCUGCGCAAUUUAGAAAUUACGAGGAAGCAAAUAAUGAAGCAAAGAUAAAAGAUGCUACAAAAAGUAUAAACAGUAAAACAUAUCAAAAUAUAAAAAACAAAUUUAGACCACUGGUAAUAAAGAGCAAAACUUUACCAAAAAAGAAACGGAAUAUGUGUUAUUGUAGUUGCUUAAGUUUGUUUAUAUUACCAAUAGUUGCAGUAAUAAUUGCAAUGUUUUGCAGCUGUGAUAUAGCUAGAGUUUGUAACCGCACAACAUUAUUCUUAAAUGCAAGUCAAGAAUUACAGAAAAAGAUACAUGGACAAGAAAAUGCAGUUUCACACAUUAUUAAGUAUUUAAGUGAAGAUACUUUCUAUUUAAAAGUUUUAUGUCUAAUAGGUGGAACAGGCGUUGGAAAAUCUUAUACUGCACAAAUUAUAGCGCAACAUUUUUCUUUGCAGAAAGACAUUUUGAUCUAUGAUAUGUAUAUAGACCAUGUUACAGAUAUAAACACGUUAAAUUCAGUUGAUUCAUAUCAGUUAAUUAUUAUGGAAAAUUUAAAAAUGAAAGAUUUGGAUACCUUCUCUAAUGUAAUAAAUGAAUUAACUAAAAAAAAAGAUAAAUGCAUUACCGUAAUAGGAAUUUUUAAUGCAGAGGAAGUAAACACUAAUUUAGAGAGAAAGGUAGAUUUAAUUCAAAGUGCAAAUACAAUUCAUGAAGCACUGGCCAAUAAAGAAAUUGUUUAUUUAAUUGUUCCUUUUCAACCAUUAAAUAAAGAAACAUUACAAAUUUGCAUAACAGAGGCAGCAGCAGCUAGUAAUUUAAUUCUUACAUUAGAUCAAAUAAACGAAAUUGAACAAAGCUUACUACUUUUUGGUAAUGGCUGCAAAAGAGCUUAUUCCAAGGUACAGAUUGUUGGUAAAGCCAAAAUUUGAUUUAGUUACUUAUUUAUUAAAUAUAUGUUCCUUUGUUUUUCUAAUGCGAGAAAUUUUAGAGAAUUAAGCACCCUCCAUUACGAAAGUUUCGGUAUUCAAAAUAUUACCAACGAGAAUACUGUUUCUGAUUCUGUUUAAUCUUUAAACACGUGUAGAAACCUCAACCAUUCUACAAUGAAUCUUUAGGUGAGAAUUUUAUACGCUAGUUUCAGUCCUGUUAACGACCUUUACCGCGUCAUUCUAUAUCGUUUAUUAAUGAAUAUCAUAUGAAUCAUAAUAUUAAACAUGACGAUUCAUAUUAACAUUUAGGAAAAAUUAUUGUAAAAUUUAAAGUAGCUUGUAGGCAUGGGACUUGUUUACUUAUUAACUUAUAUUUGUUAACACGCACGUUAUUAAGGCGUACUCACUUCUUGAAUGAAA